GCAGCAUUACCAAUAUCAAACAACGACACAUGGCAGAAAUAAAUUUCGUGAAAUUGACAAACGACCUAUUGAAUAUCCAAGAAAUCAUUGACUUGGUAAAAGAUGAUGGUGCAGGUGCAAUAUCAACUUUUUCAGGAACAACACGGAAUACAUUUAACGACAAACAGGUCCUUCGACUAGACUACGAAGCAUACAUCCCAAUGGCAACAGAGAUUCUAAACAAUUUAAUCACUUCCGCACGCGCUCAAUGGUCUCUCACAAAAGUGGCCAUCUAUCAUCGACUGGAAACUGUCCCGGUCGGUGAGACCAGUGUCGUGAUUGCUGUGUCCAGUGUGCAUCGGCAUGAAUCGUUGAAAGCUGUCGAGUGGUUGAUUGAUCAAGUGAAAGAGAAAGCGCCGAUUUGGAAGAAGGAAGUGUAUGGUGGUGGUGAGGUGGAAAGUGCAUGGAAAGAGAAUUAG